AUGAGAUAUUUUUAUCUUUCAAGUCUUCUUAAGGACCCUAUUUCCCUGAAGGUUGGUUGCAAUUCAAACUUUCCUCUUCAUCACCCAAAAAGGGAUUUGUUCAACUAAUUUUUAGUAAAUAAUGUAUUAAAAGGUUAUGGAUUUUUUCACAAAUAACUUUAGUAAUAGAAAAUUUUGGAUUUUAUCAUUGCUUAAGAAGAUCUAAGUGUAAUUUGUAGGUCAUUGAUUAUAUUUCAAAAAUAGAUAGGAAUUGGAAAAUUAAAAUUAAGACAAAAAUUCUUAUUCAUGGGUAGAUCCAUGAACUUGUUGGAUGAAAAGUAGGUUCAGGUUCUAAAUCAAUUUAAUUUCGGUAGAGUACCCAUUAUUUUAGAGGAGCAAUUUGAACCUUUAAAUUAAAAAAGAUUAAUCCUAAUAAUUAUAAAUCUAAAAUUAAAUCAUCGAAGAUCUAUAAGAUAAGAAUGUAAGAGAAUGGAUAUUAAUGAUAUUAGAAAAAGAUAAAGAUAGUUUAACUCUUGAUCGUUCAACAUUAGAAACUGUAAAUUUGAUAGCUCCUCUAAUUCCUUCAUUUGAUCAGAAAGUGGAUCAAUCCACAAAUCCAAUUGCAGUGUCAAGGAAAUAAGAGAUAUCUCCAAUAUAUUCAAAUUAGCUGUAAAAGAUUUGGAGAUAAUUGAUAUUGUUUUUUGUUAAAGCAAAAUUGAGAUUUUGUAUGGAUCUAUGCUGGUAAGUAAAGAUUAAUAUAUUUUAAAUUAAUAGGAUAGGAAACUAAAUGAUCUCUACUUAUGUUAGGAUUCAACUUAGCAAAACUCGAGGUAUUGCAUAUAAGAAUUAAUGCAACCCUAAAUCUAGAGAACCCAUGGAUUUAUAGUUUUUUUUGUUGAGAAGGUUGUUAAACCUGGUUAAAAGUAAUGUAAAAUAAGAAAGUAUAAAGGAGGAAAAAGGGAUAGAAAAAAAAUUAGAAGAAAUUGGGGACAGUAUCAGGAUGUGUUUUAAUUAGUUCAGUAGUAAAAUUCUUAAUUGA